UGGCUCAGUCUGGGGAGGGGCUGGCGCCAGGCCCGGCCUCUCCUCCUCCGGGCUCGGCUUCCUCUUCCUCCUCCUCCUCCUCCUCCUCCACCUCCAGCACCUGGCUCCACGCCCAAAGAGUACACACAUACAGAUCCGGGAGGGAGCCAGCAGGGGAGCAGGGCUGCUUCUCCCCCUUCCUGUGGCUGCGGUGGCCGGCCGGGGUCCUCCUCCUCCUCCGGGCAAGCAAGCUGGCUGUCCCUUACAGCAGCGAACCUCCUCCGAGCCCCGGAGGCAGAGGAUGUGACUGGGAGAGCCCCGGAGGAGGAGGAGGAGGAGGAGGGAUGGCGGUGGGGCGGCCUCCCCCGGCCUCCCCGAGGCUGCUGCUGCUGCUGCUGCCCCGGAGGGAUUCCACCCAGCAGGGCAGCUGGAGCAACACAGAAUUGUUUGAAAUGAUUGAAAAGAUGCAGGGAAGCAGGAUGGACGAACAGCGCUGCUCCUUCCCUCCACCCCUCAAGACAGAAGAGGACUACAUCCCCUACCCCAGUGUCCAUGAGGUGCUGGGCCGGGAGGGCCCGUUCCCUCUCAUCUUGCUGCCCCAGUUUGGAGGCUAUUGGAUUGAAGGGACCAACCACGAGCUGACCAGCAUCCCCGAGACGGAGCCGCUCCAGUCUCCCACCGCCAAGGUGAAGCUGGAGUGCAACCACAUGGCCAGGAUCUACAGGAAGCACUUCCUGGGCAAGGAGCACUUCAACUACUACUCGGUGGACACAGCCCUGGGGCACCUCGUCUUCUCCCUCAAGUACGACGUGAUCGGGGACCAGGAGCAUCUGCGCUUGCUGCUGCGGACAAAGUGCCGCACGUACCACGACGUCAUCCCCAUCUCCUGCCUGACCGAGUUCCCCAACGUGGUCCAGAUGGCCAAGCUGGUGUGCGAGGACGUGAACGUCGACCGCUUCUACCCCGUCCUGUACCCAAAGGCCUCCCGCCUCGUGGUGACCUUUGACGAACACGUCAUCAGCAAUAACUUCAAAUUUGGCGUCGUCUACCAGAAGCUCGGCCAGACUUCCGAGGAGGAGCUCUUCAGCACCAACGAGGAGAGCCCGGCCUUCGUGGAGUUCCUGGAGUUCCUGGGGCAGAAGAUCCAGCUGCAGGAUUUCAAGGGCUUCCGGGGCGGUCUGGACGUGACCCACGGGCAGACGGGGGUCGAGUCCGUCUACUGCAACUUUCGGAACAAGGAGAUCAUGUUCCACGUCUCCACCAAGCUGCCCUACACGGAGGGAGACGCUCAGCAGCUGCAGAGGAAGCGGCACGUCGGCAACGACAUCGUGGCCAUCGUCUUCCAGGACGAGAACACGCCCUUCGUGCCCGACAUGAUCGCCUCCAACUUCCUCCACGCCUACGUGGUGGUGCAAGCCGAGAACCCCUGCUCGGACCACACGCUCUACAAGGUCUCUGUCACUGCCCGGGACGACGUCCCCUUCUUCGGCCCCCCGCUGCCCAACCCGGCUGUCUUCCGGAAGGGCCCUGACUUCCAGGAAUUCCUCUUGACCAAGCUGAUCAACGCCGAGUACGCCUGCUACAAGGCCGAGAAGUUUGCCAAACUGGAGGAGCGCACACGGACCGCCCUGCUGGAGACGCUCUACGAGGAGCUGCACAUCAACAGCCAGUCCAUGAUGGGCCUGGGGGGCGACGAGGACAAGAUGGAGAACGGCAGCGGCAGCAGCGGGGGCUUCUUCGAGUCCUUCAAGCGGGUGAUCCGCAGCCGCAGCCAAUCCAUGGACGCCGUGGGCCUGAGUGGCAAGCGGCAGAACACCGUCUCCACCAGUCACAGUGGCAGCUUCGGACACAACAACCCGGACAUCGCCAAAGCCGCGGGCAUAUCAUUGCUUGUCCCCGGAAAACCGCCGAGUAGGCACGGACGUCGCGGCAGCGCCAUAGGCAUAGGAACCAUAGAAGAGUCCCUGAUCGUCCCUGGGAAGAGCCCGACGCGGAAGAAAUCGGGGCCUUUCAGCUCUCGGCGGAGCAGCGCCAUCGGCAUUGAGAACAUUCAGGAGGUGCAGGAGAAAAGGGAGAGCCCUACUGGGACCCAGGUGACUCCGGACAGCGGCCACUUCGCCCAGGAGCCCAAGUCGGAGAACUCGUCCAAUCAGAGCUCCCCAGAGAUGCCCACCACCAAAAACAGGCCAGACCCUGCAGCGCAGAAGCCCGAGGCCCUGCCGGAUUUCUCGCGCUCCUCGUCCAGCGCCAGCAGCUUCGGCAGCGGGGGGGAGGAGCACGAAGGGGGCCGCGAGGACGACGCCGGCGGGGAGAGCCAGUCCUCGGCGGGGACGCCCCACAAGCGGGACUCCUUCCUCUACAGCACCUGGCUGGAUGACAGCCUCAGCACCACCAGCGGCAGCAGUUCCCCAGGCCCUUCUCGCUCUCCCCAGCCAGACCCCAGGAAACCCACAGACCCUUCGUGUCCGGAAAUCAAAAUCCAGCUGGAACAGGCAGAGAGGCAACCCCCCCACCUGAGCUGCUAGCCCUCUCUGCCCAGUGUCCACGGACGUGCCUCCCCCCAAGCACACAGCGAAGAAGCACAGGCUGAGGGACUUGAGGAAGGCCCCCAUCUUCCUGACGGCACAAGACGACAGCCCCGUCCACAAAGCCGGCCAGCCCAAGCCUCCGUCUUAAGCCCCUCCCCUUCUGGCGGUUGCUUCGGGGUGGGGCACGCUGGGGACGCAGCCGCCCCACGGGGGCCGUGGGCAGCCGAAGUGGAGCGCUGGGGUCUCUCCCUGCCCGGGUCUUCAGCAGCAACCCCACCCCUCCCACGGGCAGCGCUCAGCCACACACACCCCGUCGUCCACCACCAACAGCCCCACAUGAUGUCUUGUGGCCGGCCGAGGGGCACACGAUGAUGCAUCUGACUGGAGCCACGUGCAGAACGAGGAGCCCUGUUGCAUCCAGAGGGCGACAAUCAUUCGCAAGCCCCUGCUUCCCCCGCCCUCCUCCACCCGCCUCUUUCCCUGGUGGAGAUGCCCGUCAGGCUGGUCUGAAGAUGGCAAGAGGGGUGGCGCCUCGGCUGCAGGCAGAGGGUGCACUCGUGCCGCUGGGCAGGCCUCGGAGCAGGGGAGCUCAGGACGGGGACCGGGGAAGCACAAGCCUGGGGGGACCCUUCUGCUCCUCCCCCCCCCAAGAGCGUCUGCAGCAGCCCUCGUUUCCGGAGCCGGCAGUUCAGCAGAAGCCAGAGCAGUCGGCGAGGUGGCCGUGGCUGGGGAGGGCCGCCCAGGACCCCGGGCUAGUGGCCCCCUCCCCACCUCUCCGUCGUCGGGGCCAGCCGUCUGCAGCCUGGCCCGAGCAAACCCGGGAGCCCUCCUCUCUCCAGCCGGCCCGGCUAGGCGUCCACCUCGGCAUUCUCAAGGCCCGCCCGGCAAUCAUUCGAGAGCAGAGCAGAAGCGGGGUGGACCUGGCGGCUGUGCGGACCUGAACAGGCUGCCCUCCUCCCCGCAAUCCAGUUUUUGUUUUCAAACCGCCCCAAGACGGCGGGACCUCACACCCGACGGCUUUCCCUGGCCGUCUGUCCCAAAGAAUCUCUGACAAUCUCUGUGUGGAGCCCUUUUCAUCCCUUCUCGCCACCGGCUGUGCAGUCUGCUGGCGGCAGCCAGGCCUGUGGGCCCUCCUGUGAACUGCUGCUGCCGUCCAGUUAUUUUGGGGAGGGUUAGGGUGAGUGCAGCGGGGGGGGCCUGAGUGCCGCCCUCUCUUCGCUGGCCAAGAGAGCCAGGAAGAGCCCCGGCGGAGGAGGAGGAGGAGGAGGAAGGCCAGGCCGGCUGCCCUCCAUUGCCAUAAUCUCGAGCGGGAGGUCGGCCGGCCGGUGUGCACAGCCAAAGCAGCCGCCUCCUCCACGCAGUGGCCAGUCUGUCUCCAUGCUGUACAGUUUUAUUGGGGGGUGGGGGCAAAGCGCCAACUGGCAACACACUGGCUUGGCUCCCUGCCCCCCUCGGCGCCCCCAGUGCGAGAGGCAGGGAAGCUGUGUACAGAUCCCCCCAAGUGUCCCUAUUUAAUUUAAAACUGCCGACUGUAGGUGUGAAUAGAUAAAGUCCGUGAAUGUCUGGGCCUAUUUUAUGUCUGUGUUGCGUAUAUCCAUAUUUCUCUCCCCCCCCUUUUUUUUCAUUUUUUGUUGUUGGGUUGUAUUUUUUUUAAGAAUUGCACAAAAUCCAUGAACUUUUAAAUUAAUGUUGAGACACUAAAGCUCUUUUUCCUCUCUCUUUUUUAAUUUUUACAUGUCAAGAUUGUCUGGUGUUUCCAGUGACCAUAUGUAUAAAAAAAAAUUCUAUUUAUCGCUAUUCUAAGAAGAUCCUAUUUGUAAAAUGCUUUUUAAGAUGUACAGGCUGGGAAAAUAAAAAACCGAGAACUCUG